CACGUUUUCAAUUUAUAAAGUAACGUGGCUAAGUAGAAUUUACUUGCAACUGCAUAUAUCAAUAUUCUCUGUUACGCGGGAUCUCUGCACCCAAUUUUGGGGUAUAGAAGUCCAUUGAGCAGGCACAUCAUCUUCCUGAAACAGAAAUGCGCAAACUCAAGGAAGUUCACGACUCUUGCCAGGCCAAUCCGACAACUCACGUAGAUGAGAAGUUAUUGAAGAAAUUAAAAGAAAACGUUGAAGAUAAGAAAGUCGGUACCCACCUGCUUUGCAUGGCUGUAAAAGUCGGACUUUUAACUCAAGACGGUGAUCUUAUGAAAAAUGUCAUCAGAGAUAAGAUAGUGAUAGCAACACAUGAUGUAUCUAAAGUCGAUGAGGUACUGAAGAAGUGCGCCGUUAAGCGCGAAACGCCGGAGAAGACUGCGAUUCAAAUGUUAGUUUGUUUCAUUGAUAACGGUGUUCACUACCACCACAAUCUUUGAAUGUAUUGUUAACUGAUGAAAAUACA